AUGGAGAGCCGAAAGGACAUGCUUAUGUUUCUGGAUGGAGGUCAGCUUGGCACCCUGGUUGGCAAGAGGGUCUCCAAUUUGUCCGAAGCCGUGGGCAGCACGUUGCCCGAGCCGCCAGAGAAGACGGUACCCCGUAGUUGCCUGAGCCCGCGAGCCAGUCCUCCUGCUGCCCGGGAGCGCGGCGGGGGAGGGCCGGAGGAGGAGCCGGUCCGCGGAUUAGCAGGCAGCACCGGGGGCCCAGGCGCCGAGCCGCGAGCAGCGGGGGCGGCAGUCCCCGGCCCGGGUCCCUCGGCCCCCUCCGCAGACAGCCUGUCCGGCCAGGGGCAACCCAGCAGCUCGGACACUGAGUCGGAUUUCUAUGAAGAAAUCGAGGUGAGCUGCACCCCGGACUGCGCCACCGGGAACGCCGAGUACCAGCACAGCAAAGGGUCUGGCUCCGAGGCACUGGCGGGCAGUCCGAACGGCGGCAGCGAGGCCUCCAAAAGCAACGGCGGCGGCGGCGGCGGCGGCGGCGGAGGGGGUGGCUCGCAGGGCACCCUGUCCUGCAGCGCCAGUGACCAGAUGCGCCGUUACCGCACCGCCUUCACCAGGGAGCAGAUCGCGCGGCUGGAGAAGGAAUUCUACCGGGAGAACUACGUAUCGAGGCCUCGGAGAUGCGAGCUGGCAGCCGCUCUAAACCUGCCGGAAACCACCAUCAAGGUGUGGUUCCAGAAUCGGCGCAUGAAGGACAAGCGGCAGCGGCUGGCCAUGACGUGGCCUCACCCGGCCGACCCCGCCUUCUACACGUACAUGAUGAGCCACGCGGCAGCCGCGGGCGGCCUGCCCUACCCCUUCCCGUCGCACCUGCCACUGCCCUACUACUCGCCGGUGGGCCUGGGCGCAGCGUCCGCCGCCUCGGCAGCCGCCUCGCCCUUCAGCGGCCCACUGCGCCCACUCGACACGUUCCGCGUGCUCUCUCAGCCUUACCCGCGGCCGGAACUGCUGUGCCACCCGCCGCUCUACCCGGGCCCGGCGCACGGACUAGGCGCCUCGGCCGGCGGCCCCUGCUCAUGCCUCGCCUGCCACAGCGGCCCGGCCAACGGGCUGGCGCCCCGGGCCACCGCCGCCGCCGCCUCAGACUUCACCUGUGCCUCCACCUCCCGCUCGGACUCCUUCCUCACCUUCGCGCCCUCCGUGCUCAGCAAGGCCUCCUCCGUCGCCCUGGACCAGAGGGAGGAGGUGCCCCUCACCAGAUAA